AUGGCGCCCCCGCCCGUGCCGGCCCCUCCUCCACCACCCGCCGCAUCUGCCUCGCCCUCGAACGAGCUGCGGCGGUUUAACGUCCCUCCAGCCCCACCGCCCAACGCCCCUCUCACCGUCUGCGCGUCCGGCAGCGGCGCUAUCCCCUCGUCCGACCUCGCCAAGCUCCGCGCGAGCCUCACCCUCUCGCGCAUCGUCGCCGCCGACCGCUCGGCGUGCGUCGACGGCAACCGCCACGUCCUCGGCGAGCGCACCGCCACCGACCGCCGCGCAGCCGCCGCCGAGGACGCAAAAGUGCGCGACGCCGAGCGCGACCGCAAGCGCAAGCGCGACGAGGACGACCGCCGCGCGACGGCCGAGCGCGACGAGCGCGACGGCGCCGCAAGGCGACACGCGGUCAAGGCGGCGAGCAAGGGCCGGGUCAAGCACGAGGACGACGAGCGGCGAGUGCGCGAGUCCAAGGACAAGCAGCGCGCGCUCGACGUCCUCCAGCUCGUCCAGGACAGCGAGGCGGGGAGGAGAGGCGCCGACGCAGACGGCGACACGGCCAUGGGCGACGGCUCGACGUCAACAUCGGCGGCGGCAACGCCGACAUCCGUCGCGACGCCUGCGCCCGCAAUAGUGCCCGCCAAGGGCGCACGCACAGCAGCAGCUUCACCCGACCCCGAUGACGAGCCGUUGCAGCCAAAACCGCCUCGACACCUCGACAAGAAGAAGCGCAAGCGGGACCAAGUCGUCGAGUCCGACAAUUCGGACACCGAUGACGAUCGCCCGCUCCUCCAGAAGGUCCGCACGCUCGACUCGAUCUCGGAAUCCUCCCCGUCCACUUCCUUCACCCCUCAGCACCCUUCCCUCGCCUCUACGCACGCGCCGCACCAGAAUGGCACCGACACGUUGAGCAACAUCGAGCGCAAGCUCAAGGAGGAGCGCUUCACCAAGCACUCGAUCCCGAUCAAGCCUCCUGCUCCGGGCGCCGCGAGCGCCUUCUACAUCCCGUCCACGCCGCUCGCACCUCCUCGACAGCCUGCCGUUCCGCCAGCCCCGACGCCAAAACGGCAAGCAGACGUGCGCGGCGACUUCUCGAACGCCAAGCCGGGCCAGCAGAUCGCACACUCGACCUUCACCAACUGGGUCGACGCGUACCUGCGCCCGUUCGGCGAGGACGAUCUCGCCUUCCUCGCGCCCAAGCCCGAGGACAUCAACGCGUACCUGAUCCCGCCGCUCGGCAAGCACUACCUCGACCGAUGGGAGGACGAGGACGGCGCGCAUCACUCGCAGCAGCAGCAGCACUGGCACGCGUCGCCGCUCGAGCCACCCGUCCUGCCGCGCCUGCGCCCCGACGCCCUCACCGAGGACGCCCUCGGCGGCGAGAGCAUCUUCCUCGGCCCGCUCAGCGAGCGCCUCAUGGCGGCGCUCGCCAUUGAGCCGGGGCUCGCCGCGACGGGCUCUGGAGGAGCAGGAGCGGUCGACGACACGGACAAGGACGACGGCGAGCCGCAGCCCAAGAUGCCGAUCGACGCCGUCGACCUCGAGGAGCGCGUCAAGCGCGAGUUGCGGUACCUCGGCGUCCUUCCCGAUGAAGAUGUCGACUGGUCCACGCGCGAGGACGACGAGAUCUCGUCGGCGCUGCGGGCGUGCCAGCGCCUGCUGCACCAGCAGACCGAGCUCAACGAGGCGCGCAAGUCGGUCCUCAUGUCGCUCGUCAAGGACCGCAUGGCGUACCAGGACUACGAGACGGCGCGCGACGCGCAGGAGCGCGUCAUCGAGGCCGGCUGGACCAAGCGCACCCGGACCGACGUCAAGAAGAAGAAGAAGGGCAACAAGGACCGCGAGUACCGGCGACCGGGCGCCCCACCGCUCGCGAGCGACGACCCGGCAAAGGCGCCUGUGCCCGCCGAGCUGAGCGAGGCCGUCGAGAAGCGCGACCGCCUCGUGUCGACGUUCAAGCCCUUCUUCGACGGCGCCGCCGACGACGGCGAGGGCCACGACGGCGCGGCGCGGUUCUACGGCCUGCCGACGGCGAGCGUGUACCGAGGGCUCGAGGCGCUCCUCGACGACGAGCUUGGCGAGGGAGGGGGUCAGGGCGGGGCGACGACGACGGCGCCGCCCUGA